AUGGCCCCGCCCCCUUGCGUGGGCACCGCGCUUCCUAUUGGCUGGCGCCUCCUGGCUCCGCCCCUCCGCUCCUUCUUGAAUGAACGGCGGGUGGGCGGGAAGAACGCGGGGCCAGCGCGCAUGCGCAGCCGGCUCGCGCGCGGCCCGCGCAGGCGCGCUGCGAGCGGCGGCGUGAGGGGGAAGAGAGGAGGAGGCGGCGGCGCCGCCGGGGACGAGCGGGGCAGCAGCGGGGACAGCGCCGCCAGCGCCGCCAUGUACCGGCACGUCACCGCCGCCGUCACCGCCCGCCUCCGGCCCGGCCGCGCCUGGGCCCCAGCAGCGAGCGCAGCGCCCGGGGCGGCCCCGCCGCGCCGCCGCUACCGAGCGCGGCCGCAGGGCCUGGAGCCCCCGCUGGGGCUGUCCCUGCUGCCCGCCCCGCGCUGCCCCCCGGCCCGGGGGCUGGAGGGGCUCGGGGGCCCGGUGACCACGGUGGACGGACGGCGCGAGGACGACAUCGACGUCCGGGACCCCCCCCGGCUGCUGGCGGGACCCCCGGGACCCCCCCCGGGCACCCCCGGGACCCCCCCGGGCCGCCGGGGCAGCCCCCCGCCCUCCAUGGAGGAGCACCUGGCCACAAUGCACGAGAGGCUGCGGCACGAGCUCCCCAAUUUCUUCCUGAAGAUCCCCGACUACGCCCUGUACGCCCCCGACGUGGAGUUCCAGUGCCAACACCUGAACCUGCACACGCGGGGCCGCGCCAUGUACGCGCUGGCGCUGGCGCUGUGCCGGGCUCUGGCCUGGGGGUACUUUGCCAGCCUGAGGCUGGAGGUGCUGGCGCUGACGCGGCACCCCGAGGACUGGAGCCUGCGGGCGCGCUGGCGCCUGACGGGGCUGCCGCUGCACCUGCUGCUGCUGCGCUGGUACCGGCGGGACAAACGGACCCUGCUCAGGUCCUACGACGCCUUCUCCACCUUCUUCCUCAACUCGCAGGGGCUCAUCCGCUGCCACCGCGUGGACAAGCUGAUGCCAGCCCCCACGGCCGUCCCCGAGCCCAAGAAGCUGCUGGUGGCCGCGGCGCUGGCCGUGGCGCUGGCCCGGCCCUGAUGCCACCCGGGUGACACCUGAGCCACCGAGGGCACACCUGAGGGCACACCUGAGCGCCCCUCCCCCACCUCGGCCUGUCCCCUCCCCCCUUAACUUAAUGUACAGAAUAAAGGAGCGGCGGUGACACGCGA